CAGUCAUAUACUAUGACUUUGACUGAAAACUAGUGUCUUCGCAAGCAUCAUAUAAGGUCUGUGUUACAUUCUCAAAGUGGGAGAGCAACACUCAAGAGGAGAAAAAAAUGGAGGUGGAGAAGAUGAUUUCCUCAGGUAACAAUGAAGAUGAUGAAGAUGUUUUGCUUCCUGGUUUUCGAUUUCAUCCUACUGAUGAAGAGCUUGUGGGGUUUUAUCUUAAAAGGAAGGUGGAGAAGAAACUCUUUAGUAUCGACUUAAUCAAACACGUUGACAUCUACAAAUAUGACCCUUGGGAUCUUCCAAAAGUUAGCAAACUUAGCACUGUUACAGAGAAGGAAUUGUACUUCUUUUGUAGAAGAGGUAGAAAAUACAGGAAUAGCAUAAGGCCAAAUAGGGUUACAAGCUCAGGAUUCUGGAAAGCUACUGGUAUCGACAAGCCAAUAUAUUCUGUUGGAGAAUUUCAUGGUUGCAUAGGCCUAAAGAAAUCGCUAGUCUAUUACCGGGGAAGUGCAGGGAAAGGCACCAAAACCGAUUGGAUGAUGCAUGAGUUUCGCCUUCCAGUCGGUCAAAAUCCCAGUCUCUCCAACACUAAGAAAGACAACUUGCCAGAAGCUGAAGUUUGGACACUAUGCAGAAUUUUUAAGCGUGAUGUUUCCUACAGAAAAUAUGCAUUGGAUUGGCAAAAUAACAAGAAUCCUUCCAAACAAAAUACAACUGCUUCCGGCUCCAGAACAUGCAGCAUAGAGUCAGACAAUAGCGUCGAGGUGAAGAGUUUCGGAGUUUUAGAUGAGAAGGAGAUUGAAAGGAAGCUUGCCAAUGACCAUCUGCUUGGAAGGACCCAGUUCUUUGCAGGAACAACUCAAGUUCCGUCAUAUUUAAGCUUUUCGAACCCAAACGGAGGUGAGUUCUUCGGACAACAGAACUGGGAUGAGCUUAGGCCAGUGGUUGACUAUACCUUGGGUACGUCACUGCUGUACAGUGAUUGGUAGAUGUUAAGGGAUAUAUCUCCCCAUCAUCUCGUUAAUUAAGUCAAUAACCCUGAACCUCUCUGACAAUUACAAAUCAGUUUUUAAGUUGGAAGCUUUUGGUUUUUAAUCUAGUAAAGACAGAAUAAUGUCAAGAGGGAGUUUAGGUUUUUGAUGUGCAUGGGAGAUUAGCAGUAAAGUAGUGUGUUUAGGAUCAGAACAUUGUAGAGAAUACCAAUCUGAUUAAAACUUGGUUUAGAAGCGAAGUUAGAACACGGCCAUGUCUCUUCUUGGUUUUAUAUUGCAGCAUGGUGGUAAGGGCAGAAGUAUACUGAUCAUCGGAGUUACUCCCAAAGACCACGCAGUAGGAGUUGCAAUCUGAUACAGUUGUCUCACCCUCUGAUGUUCUUUGCCUCUUUUUUUCUUUCUUCUUUCGCUGCAAUUGUAGUGACAUACGUAUCACUCACUUUCAAUGUGAAAUUACUACUACUUUUCGUUGUUGAAACUGUGCAGCGGAUAUAGCUAACAGAAAAUUCAAUGGAACCUCCCUCCUUCAUUUGUCUUUGUUUUAA